AGAAAUGAACACGUGUCAGUUUCGUCCGGCGGUGUACGUCGCCCAACCGUGCAUAAUAUUGGCCCGGUCGUUGCUGUGCAGUGCAGCUUCACCUGCCCUCUCUCUCCUCGCCAACUCUUUCCAACCAUUCUUUUUCAUUAUUAUUAUCAUAUACUACUACUUCUUUAUUCAAAUUGUCCCCAAUAAUUCUAUCAAUUGUUUAUAUAAAGAGUUUAUUUUGUAUUUUUCAGGAACUGGACUUAUUCACCUAAUGCUUUUAGUCAUGACAAUUCCACGACCGAACUAUAAAGAAAUACGAUAUAUCCCGUUUGUUUCAAUUAUUGAACCAAUUAUAGAGUCCUUAUAUCUCUAUAUAAAAUCGUCAACUAGAUAAGUCUAACUAUCAAAUUAAGUGAUCAUCCACUUUAUUUUAAAACCCUUGAUUUCCUCGGAAAAUCUAAGCCGGAGUUGCAAGAGAUCUUAGAAAAUGGAUUCGUUUGUUUCAGAGAAUGUUGCGGCUGAGAAAGUUGACGCCAUGAGGAGGUUCGAGGGGAGGAGAAAUUUUUUGAAGUUUCUUCCGGCAGUUGAAGCUCUCGUUGCCGUGUUACUUGUACUAUAUUGGUUAACGUCAACUUUCUUCGCCGGUGAGUAUCUCCGGAGUAUUAUUUCCAGUGGUUUGACCGGCGCCGGAAUAUACAUAUUUGGCGUCGUGAACGUUCUCAUCGCCCUGAUCUUCUCUUUAUCUAACCACCAGAAGCUAACCGAACACGAUCUGUAUUUUCAAUACGUUUCUUCCUCGGCCGCCUCUCCUGCUAACGGUUUGUCCUCUUCCGCCGCAUCUACUGUUGGCGGUUUUUCCUCCCCCACCGUAGUAUCAAAAUCUUUGGCAUCUGAAAAGACUUCAGAAGGAAUGCAAGGUACGGACUUUACCUCCGUUAGUCUAACCGCCGGAGAGGCUCGACCAAUGAAGCGAGAGAUGGUCCGGGCGGUAAGUUCUGUGGGGGAGACAGCUCAUGCUAUAAGGAGGAAGCGUGAAAUGACUUUUCUGCGUCCAGCUACUACUGAGAGUACUGCUACUGAUCAUCAUGUUUAUAGAAGGUCGAGAUCGGAGAGGAUUGACGUGCGGGGAGAUCUACACCGGAGUAUGAGACGGUUGUGUGAUAUCGAUGAUCUGAGCAGCGAUGAGUUUAGGUCAACGGUGGAGACGUUUAUAGCAGGAAAAAAGAAGAUGUUGUCCAAGGAAUGGGUGAAGCCGUGAUUUAUUACAAUUAGGAAGAACACUAUUGUUAGCCUUUACUUUAACGUUCAAUUUGGAUAUAAAUGUUUCUUGGUGA